GUGCAUCAGUGGCUGGAUGGUUUUAUUCAGCCGAUUAUCGAUUGCGCCACCAAAGGAACAACAAGUGAACUGUUCAAGCAGAAGGAAGGAGAACCUAAAUGCAAUGAACAGAAAAAGGACUUUUUGCAGAUUUUCGUGGAUAUGGAGAUAAAUCUUGAAGAUAACCAGUCACCAGUGGACAAGAAUGUAGCACUCAAAGCCAUUCUUAUGGACAUUUUAAUCGGCGGAACUGAUACGACUUCAACAAUGGUUGAAUGGGUGAUGGCAGAGUUGCUGCAGAACCGAAAUGUGAUGAACAAAGUAAUCCAUGAAUUGACUGAAGUCGUGGGGGAGGAUGAGAUGGUUGAAGAGCAUCACUUGCCCAAAUUAAAGUACCUCGACGCGGUCAUCAAGGAGGCACUUCGCUUGCACCCGGCGUUGCCCUUAUUGGUGCCGCGGACCCCAAAUGCUUCCUGUGUCGUUGGGGGUUACGUGAUACCGAAGGGCAGCAACGUAUUCUUAAACAUGGGUUCUAUCCACAGGGAUCCCAAGAUUUGGGACAAACCGUUGGAGUUUAGACCCGAGAGGUUCUUGGAAGGUCCUAGCAAGUAUGAUUUCUCAGGUAACAACUUCGCAUACAUGCCAUUCGGUUCUGGUUGGAGGAUGUGUGCAGGGCUUGCGCUGGCAGAGAGGAUGCUACCAUAUGUUUUGGCCUCUCUUUUGCACUCAUUCAAGUAGGAAAUACCACCAGGGUCUGAGCUGGAUUUACUGGACAAGUUCGGCCUUGUGGUCAAGAAAAUGAAGCCCCUUGUCGCCAUUCCAAGACCAAGAUUGUCCACUCCGGAGCUCUACAUGUCGAGAUAGAUAUUUCAUUAGAGUCCCAAAGCUCUUCAUUUCAAUUCUAAGAAAUAAACGUAUCCUGCCAGUAUCAAUCAUGGUUUGAGCAUCUACUCAAUUAGACCUGGGGUUUCGGCUACGAAGUUCUGGAGGAGGUGGUUUGCUCGUGUCGGGCGUUUCAUAAUUUCAAUCUGUUUUAUUAAUGAGUAUUCUGAAAUGCUUUUUAAGCAAAUCAUAUAAGUAGAUUUUGCAGUUUCUAUGGAUUGACACACUUUUUCUCGUUAAUAUAGUCCAUUUUAAUUUUUUUGCCUAAA